UGCCACAAGUAGUUUUGUUUGACUACACUUCUCGUUUUAACCUUCCACUGGAUCCACUUCUUUCCCGUGGGUGGUUGUAUGUUGUUGCUCUUCAUCAGUCAAACUGUUCACGUCCUUAACCGUGUGAAAAACCGUUUACAUUUAAAAACUGGCACAGUUAUGGCAGCUGUGACUUUAAAUCUUCGGACUACUGUUUCAGCAGCCGCCCUAACUGAUGUUCUGUGACUCUGUUGUCAACAUGGUGACACAGAUGUUGUUUUCCACCAAAGUGUCAGCAUUUGCACCCACACUGCUGCUCCUGUUCAGUCUGACUCUUCUCCUGCUGAUGUGUGUCAUCCGAAAGAAAAGACAAAUGGAAGGAGUGUACAGGCCCAGUGCAGAGGAGAAGAAACAGGCCAGCACAGCAGGGUCUGAAAAACCAGGCCUGCCUCUGCCCCUGCCCAAGGAAGAACGGCUCAUAUAAUGGAUAUACUGUUGCCAUUAGAAAUAGUCAGACUACUUCAACACAGCAUCCAUGUUUUCUACUGCACCAGUAAUCUGCAGAAACAGUCAACACCGUAUUUGCUGUUCUUUGAUAAUGUGAAGCCUGAUUCACUCAGGAAAAAAAAAGAUCAUUUAAACAUGUUUUCUCACUUUGAUAUUGUUCCCUCUUCUUCCAGAGGAUUUUUUUUUCUUUACAGUGCAACUGGAAAGUUUUCACAGCGCAUCACUUUUUCCACUUUAUAUGUUACAGCCUUAUUCCAAGAUGGAGUAAAUUCUUCCCCUCAAAAUUCUAAUCACAA